AUGAAGCAUCAUCACUAUCUGAUCACUUGCUUCCCUCUCCAAGGCCACAUCAACCCUUCUCUCCAGCUAGCCAAGAACCUCGCCGCCCUCGGCGCCACCGUCACGUUCUCUACCGCCGCCGGCGUCCUCGAAUCCCUACCGCCCGCCCCCGACGGCUUGUCCUACGCCUCCUUCUACGACGAGAACUUCUCCCUCACUGCGGCCUACCUCACAAACUUGAGGAAAUUUGGUCCCCAAAAUCUCACCGAGAUUAUCCAAAAGUCCCUCGAUGACGGCCGGCCGGUGACCUGCCUUGUCUACAGCCUCCUCAUCCCGUGGGCUUCCAUGGUGGCGCGUGACAUGCACGUCCCCUCCGCCUUCCUCGCGAUACAGUGCGCCGCCGCCUUCGCCAUCUAUAGCCGUUUCUUUGGCUGCGGCGGCGUUAAAUCGGAUGAUUCGUCAGUUUGUGUGAAGAUACAAGAUUUGCCUACUUUCUCUAGUUGUGACUUGCCAACAUUUGUAUUGCCUGAAAACGCCAUCAAUCCGGUCAUGGGGCCUAUGAUGAUAGAGCACAUGAAGGAGCUUGAGACCCUUCCAAAACCACUUGUUCUUCUAAACACAUUUCAAGAACUCGAGCAAGAGGCGAUCGAGGAGCUCGAGAGCAAGCUAAAUGUCCUUGCAAUUGGGCCGUUGAUCGUGACGAGCUAUUCAUGUGUUGAGGAGAAUUACAUGGAGUGGUUGGACUCGAAGCCGGAGAAAUCGGUUGUGUACGUUGCAUUUGGUAGUUUGAUGGUAUUGAACAAAGAGCAAAAGGUUGAGAUUUUGCAUGGGCUUUUGCAGAGCAAGAGGCCGUUUUUGUGGGUAGUCAGAUCAUCGGAUACCGAGGACGAGGACGAGGAGGUGUUAAGCCAUAAGUCCAUUGGUUGCUUUGUGACGCACUGUGGGUGGAAUUCGACUCUUGAAGGUCUGGCCUGUGGGGUCCCGAUGAUUGGGUGCCCACAUAUUUCUGACCAGACCACGAACGCUAUGCUUGUGGAGAAGGUGUGGGGGAAUGGGGUCAGAGCGAGGGCGAAUGGAGAAGUAGUGCUAAAUAGAGAAGAAUUAAGGGAGUGUGUGGAUGUUGUGAUGGGUGAAGGAGAGAGAGGUGAAGAGAUUAGAAAAAAUGCUUUAAUGUUGAGAGGCAUGGCCAUUGAAGCUGUCAAAGAUGGUGGGUCUAGCUACAAUAAUUUAAGGAAGAUUAUGUUGGAAUAA